AUGACCUUUACAAAUAUUGAACGUAUCACCCCGGUCAUCGGAUUCAUGCAGGCUUACUCGCACACAAUUUCAACUCUUAAGAAGUGUUCCAGAUGCAAGUAUGUAAGCUACUGCAAUAAAUCAUGUCAGUUUGUUCAGCUUGUGUCUCAAAUCAUCCAGAAGCAAAGACGAUACCCUCCAUGCACUCAUGAUGAUGAGGAUUAUUUUCCAACCACCGUAGACCAGUUGGAAUCCCAUCUGAAAUAUGCUAGAAAGGAUAAUAUUGAGAGCUUGUUGUGUGAGUUGCAGCAGCUCUUUGAAGAGGAUGUCUUACCCGAGCCUAGCAGCUUGUUGAAUAUGUAUGGGGCGAUUAACUGCAACGGUUUCUCAAUACUUGAUAAUGAUCUGAAUGGCAUCGCACCUGGGAUAUACUUGAGAGCAUCUAUGGUGAACCAUUCCUGUGAUCCUAACUGUCAAGUGAUAAGUGAUGGGAGGAAACUUCAACUCAGGACCGUUAAAGAUGUCACUGAAGGAGAAGAGUGUACAAUCAGCUAUGUAGAUUUAAUGGACCCAACUAAAGAGAGACAGGCUGAGCUGGAAAAGAGAUAUCACUUCACCUGCAAGUGUGUGAAAUGCAUUAAAGAAAUCAAUCCAGAUGAUGGUUUAGGUGAAUUAGAGCUGCGAGAUUUACAUUGGACCAAAGUGUUACAGCUGUGUGCACCCUACCUGAAGCUGGACUCCUCCAACAAUCUUUUAGCAAAUUAUUAUCUCCUGGUCAGGCUCAGACAAGAGGCAAUUAAAGUAUGCGUACACAUACAAGCAUGGGAUAAAUAUGUUGAGAUGGGGCAACUGAACAUAGAGUCUUUAAGAUAUCACUAUGGACCAUACAGUGCCAUGCUGGGGCUUCACCUCCUGGACAUGGGUAAUAAGCUGCUUGAAAUGGGGAGACUUCGGGAGGCCAGAAAAUAUCUCACAGAGGCAAAGAGUGUUUUGGAGAUAACACAUGGUCCACAGCAUUCAUUCAUGAUGACACCGUACGUGCAAAAACUGCUUGAUCUGUAGAUGUAGAUAAUGCAUGGCUAACAACUUUCUCGAAGGUCACCCCUUCUGUCUGAUACUGCAGAUAACACAUGUCUACCAACCGUCACUGAUGUCAACUUCAAUACAGGACUUUUUCUGUAGCAGUAGAUGACACUGGAAAAAUACUAAAGAUGGAAGGACAGAGUGACAUUGAGAACGAGUGAGAUCGAAAGGAAACAACAAGAUACAUAACAAGUUUGAGAACCCCGAAGGGCCCCGUUUCAUGAAACUUGUUUUUAAUAACAUGUUAUGAUAAUUGUUAUAAGCUACUGAAAUCCUGCAUUUGAUUGGCUGUGAGCAGAUUUGUCAUAGAUAUGUGGCAGUUAUUAUUUAUAACAGGUUUGAUGAAAACAGGGCCCAGUUCUAUUUAAGGAGGUGUUACAUGUGGAACUAAUUACUAUAGUACUUUGCAGAAUUCAACAUCUAUUUCUUCAUUGAAACACCUUUAUAAACAAUUGCAUUUUCAUGAAUGUACUAAACUACCAGUAAAGCCAUGGAUGCAUAUAUAUGCAUAUGUUGUAUAUACUUUUUACCCAUUUGAAUAUAAAUUUAAGCAUUAUACGUCACCGGAAAUAUAUUAAAAAUGUGAGUGUUAUUAAUUAAUCAUAUUGCUGUGGGAAUUGUUUAUGAGUGCUUUUAUUGCUUCUGUGACUGGUAGUUCAGGUGUGUUGAUGAUUUAUAGAUGUGUUGUGUCUUAUUUCCUUCGAGUGUGCUGGGUGAUAAUCUGAUUCUACUAAUUAAGUUUAAUUUCUUUUUUACCGUUUAUCAAAUCGUUGGAUGAUCUCACUUUGUGAAUCUGAGUAAAUUUAUAAAUUUACAUUUAUAUUUUUAGU